ACAGCUUUUGGCGAACGCCCUGCAGACAACUACUCGAUUAAUGUUUCCUGCAUGGAGUUAGAUGAAUCCAUCCAAGAAGAUUUUGGCUCUACUCAACUUUCUGGUAAAUACCGAGCCUUUGCGCCGGUACUGCCAUCGCCAUCAAAUGCUAGAUAUCAGUCGAGAACCGAGCGCGGUAUCAUCACUCAAGAGUCACAAGGCCAGCUAUUUGUGAAAAACUCAGCUACAGGAGGUUCAAUUAAUGUUGAGAUGCUUUCGCCGCUUCCUUCAGAGAAGUAUGCUGUUGACAAGGCAUCCAACAUCAUUGACGCAAAAUUUGAGCGAAUGGCAAGUUUCGCUGCCGCUUGUCGUGAAGCAAAUGCUGAAAUAAGUGUUUGGUCGAUACCUGUUCCUGGCUCAACGGAUUCGGAGUACGUUUACGGCGAGAUUAUCCAUGAUUUGUCCGAAGGCUCUCCAAGCGGCGAUCAGACUUUGUCGCUUUUAAUAGAUGACGAAAAUGGCACUGUGAUUAAGCUAGAUCUUAGCCGGCUGAGUGAAGUUAGCGUAUUUCCUGGCCAGCAUUUUUAUUUUUCUUCUUAA